AUGUCUCCAUCAGUCGCUAGUCAAAAGACCUACAGCAUCGCAUCCAUCCCAGCCGAUGGAAUUGGCCCAGAGGUUAUCAGUGCUGGUAUCACAGCUCUGAAUGCCUUGACCGAUACUCUCAAGACGUUCAAGUUAGAGUUCAAGAACUAUGAUUGGAGCUCCGAGACGUACAAGAAGACCGGCAAAUACAUCCCCGAUGGUGGACUCGAGGAGCUCAAGAAGCACGACGCGAUUUUCUUCGGCGCCGUCGGCGCUCCUGACGUCCCGGAUCAUAUUUCCUUGUGGGGGCUGAGACUCGCCAUCUGCCAGCCGUUCCAGCAGUAUGCGAACGUGCGCCCAACACGGGUAUUCCGCGGCACCGAGUCCCCGUUGCGCAAGUGCGGACCCAAUGACCUUGACUGGGUGAUCAUCCGUGAGAACAGCGAGGGAGAGUAUGCGGGUCAGGGUGGCCGUUCUCACACCGGAAAACCGUGGGAGGUCGCGACUGAAGUUUCUAUCUUCUCCCGUCACGGUGUGGAGAGGAUUAUGCGGUUUGCCUUUGAGACUGCUCAGAAGCGGCCGCGCAAGCUGUUGACGGUGGUCACUAAGAGCAAUGCCCAGCGCAACGGUAUGGUUCUCUGGGAUGAAGUGGCAAAGAUUGUUGCGGUUGAUUUCCCCGAUGUCACUGUGGACAAGAUGCUUGUUGAUGCUAUGACUACUCGCAUGGUUCUGAAGCCCGAGAGUCUGGAUACCAUCGUUGCUACCAAUUUGCACGCUGAUAUCCUCUCUGAUCUCGCUGCCUCUCUGGCUGGAUCUAUUGGUAUCGCACCUACCUCUAACCUCGACCCUACACGGGAGUAUCCUAGUAUGUUCGAGCCCAUUCACGGCUCCGCUUUUGAUAUCACCGGCAUGGGUAUCUCCAACCCCGUGGCUACAUUCUGGACGGCUUCGGAGAUGCUUGCUUGGCUCGGCGAGGAGGAGGCUGCUAAGCAGCUGCUGGUCUGUGUCGAGAAUGUCUGCGAGCAGGGAGUUCUUACCCGUGACUUGGGUGGUGACGCCACGACGAAGCAGGUCACUGAUGCAGUUGUGGCGGAGAUUAAGAAGCUUGCGGCUCAAUAA